UUAUGUCUAAGGAAAUUGCAUUUUUAAAGUCUGCUAGUGAAUCUAGACAUAGGGCAUUGAUGGAGAUGUUGGUUAAUUUGAAAAACGAUCAAGAUUUAAAACACAAGGCAGUUAUGGAAAUGUUAGGUGAGUUGAGGCCAAAAUCAUGUGGUAUUAAUGAUGAUAUUGAUCCUGUUGAUGUUGGUUUUGUGGGAGCUGAUGUUGGUGAUACUUCUGGUGGUGGUGGUGUUUCAAAGGAAAAUGAUAAGAUUUUUGAGAAUGAAAGUUUUACCCAAGUUUUUGAUGAAUGCAUUCAAGCAAUGCAAGAAGAUGCUGCUGGAGAUAUGGUAAUUGCAGAUGAUAAGAAUGAUACAGUAAAUGAGAAUGAGAAGACUACUGGGAAUGAUGUUGAAGAAACAAUGAAUAUUGUCAAACCUCAUGAUGAUGUAGCUGAUGUUGUUAAAGAUCUAGAAGAAGAGGCUCAUAUUUUUAACAACAUGAAUGUGGAGAUUUUUGAUAAAGUUGUUGAUGCAGCUGUUGGUGAUUUGGCAAAGAAAAAGGUAACUAAACAAGGCAGAUAUUGUAUUUUUUUUUCUCUUUUUGCAAUAUGUUCCAAUAGUUGUAUUAUUGAGUUUUUCAUAUUAUUUUUGUUUCUAGGAAGUUAUUAUGGCAACACCCAUUGCUGGUUCUUUGAUGAAUCCAGUAGUUGUGUCUACUCCUGUUGUUGGCAAAAGGAAUCCAAAGCCUGCUACAGUUUUGCAAUAUCCUUUUGUUAA